AUGAAAAAUAAAAAUAAACUCAAACGAUGCUUAGAUUAUUUGAAGAGUAAUAAAGAAGCAAUCAUACAAAAUUAUAGCAACAUAUUACCAUCAGAUAAAGAAAAAAUUAUAUUAAAUUAUCUGAAAACGCUAAAAAUAAAGCUAAGGGAAAAAUAUAACAUUGAAUUUUGUGAAUUUUUUAUUGAUGAAUAUGGAAACAAAAGAAAUUUAUGUUCUUCAAUAAUACAAAUUUUUUUUCCAUUUGACAAAGGAAAUAAUUAUAAGGAAAUAUAUUCUUUGAUUAAAAAUUACUUUACAUAUGAAAUACUUUUAAAAAAAAAAAUUAAAACAUUGCUACUUCCAGAUGUAUCGCGAGUAUUUGAUUGGAAGAUAGCUGAUUGCGCAGAUCUAUCAACUAUAGUUGUUUCUUCUUUAAGAACAAAAAAUUAUGAAGCUUAUGUUGUAUGUGGUGAAGCACCUUUCUAUAUUUGUUCUAAAAAUGAUAAAAAAUUAUUUUGCGACUUUAAUUUAAAAGAAUUUAAACAAUCAAAAGAAAAAAAUGAAUAUAUACCUGAAAUAAAAGAAAAAAAGAGGAAAUACGAAAAAGUAUUGAAUAUUAACAAAAGUCAGUUAAGAAAUAUUAAAUUUGAAGAGAAAAAAAUAAUCUCUGAUAAUGAUUUUUAUGUUCAUAUGUGGAUUCUUAUAAAAAAAAGCUUAGAUCUAAAAAAGGAUAUUUUUAUAGAAAUGUCGUCAGGUAGAGAAUAUAAUAUUGAUAAUUGCCCUUAUAAGUCUAUUUUUUACUUAUGGAACGAAAAAAAUAUUUACAUUAACAUAAAUAAAACUGAAAAUAUGAAUACAUUAAUAUCAGAAAUUAAAAAUAAGGAAUAUUUUGUCCCUGCAUUUUAUGAAGAAUUUAAAAAUAAAAAGACCUUAAAUCCCAUUAUUGAAAAUAAAUUCUAUAAAAUUAGAAAAGACAGAUUUCUUUUAAAAUAUCCUCAUGGUUGUAAUACAACUUUUUAUGAGAAUUGCAAAAAAGAUGAAUACGGAGAUUUUUUACAACAUGAUGGAUUAAUAGAAAUGCAUACUCAUUAUGAGAAUAAAUAUUAUACGAGUAUUGAUUAUACUUGUAGCUUUUAUAAAUAUAGAAGAGAUAAAAAAAUAGCUAAAAUAUAUUUACCACAAAAAUUUAAGAUUAUUGAAUAUUAUGAUGAUUAUAGUCAUCAAUUUUUAAAAAAAUUAGAACAAAUAAUAGGAUUUUAUUCAUAUUUCAAAUUUUAUUCAAAUAGGUCAGAUGGGUUAAUUUAUUAUUUUGAGAUAAAAAGUUACAAAUUAAUGGAAUAUUAUGUGAAUAGAAAUGAUAAUAUAAUAUAUAGAUCUGUGAAACUUUCAGACAAUAUUAAAACUAUAUACAAGCUACAAAGUUUUGAGGGAAAUGAAUAUUACGUAACAAAAAUUACUGUGAAGUAUAAAAAUAAGAAUAUGAAAAAUGCAAUCUACAAAAAAGUCUUUUUAAUACCAGAAAAUAAAAUAAUUGUUAUUUUUUACAAUAAUAAUAAUAAAAUAAGUAAUAUUUGUGAAGUUUAUGAAAAAUUUACAAAAUUUAAUGCAGAAAAAGAGGAGAAUGAAGAAAUAUUAAUAUACAGAAAAAAUCUCAUUUAUAAGCAUUUUAUAAAUUAUGCGGACUCAGUUGAAAGUGAUAUAUUAUAUUUACUUAAAGAAGAACGUGAUUUUUUUGAAGACAUAAUGUACACUUAUAAGAAUGUCAUAUGUUCUAUUAUGAAAGAAAAAAAGGAAAUUAAAAGACUAGAAGAUGACUAUCAAUAUAUGUCAAAUAGUAUUACAAAUAUAAAUGAGAUUAUUUAUCAUGAUAAUAACAAAAUACAUUUUUUAAAUAAAAGUUUACUUGACGAUAAUUUAAAUAUAUACAAAUUUUAUCAAAGUUACCCCUGGAAUAAUUAUUCAGAAGUGUCUAUGAAAAAUACUUUUUUUUCAUCAAAGAAAAGUAUGUUGAAAACUGAAAACGCUCGCAACGAAAUAGCUUAUGUUGCUUCUGAAAAAAAAAAUAAAGUUAAUCUUAAAGAUACUAAUGAAGAAGUAAAUAAAAAGAUAAAAUUUUUUUUUUAUAUUUUUCAUUUUAAUAUAUAUGUAUAUUUCAUAAUUUAA